UUUGAGCCAGAUGAGUCUCCGUAGCUAAGUAAACAUGAGUCACGUGCGAGGAAAUAUUGAAUGAGAAUUCUGAAAGCCACAGCUGUCGCCAUCUAGCCACAUUUUUUCUGAUGGAUAUUGGUGUUGCAACAAGCGUAUGUACAUAUAAAUAUACAAUGCGUCUUUAAAGUCCAUACUUUGAUCGCUCAUUAGCUGUCAUGUCACCCUGUAAUUGUAAGAGCUAGCUACUAGCUAAUACCUGUGCCUAUAGGCGACGGGUCGAAGAGCGUACACCUGUGCUAGCUAUCAAUCUAAUUUGUGAAAAUAUCCAGUACGCCUGUAGUACCCAACCCAAGGAAGGUAUAUCUUGACAGAAUGCGAUGGGAAACUGUUGGGCUUAUUGUUCUGGAAUUUUCAGAAGAGAAGCAAACAUUAUACAACGAGGAGGCGGGUCAAAAUACUUUAGAAGCAGUACAACUGGGGAACAUUAUACAAUAGAGUUUGAAAACCUUGUUGAGAGUGAUGAGGCAGAGAGCCCACAAAGCUGUCCCAGGCCUAUCAGUGAAGAUGAGAUCAUCCACCUCAAAGAGCACCGGUAUGCUGCUAUUUCCGAUCAGCAGACCUUGAUAGAUGAGAAGUUGCAAGCAGAGUUAUUAGCACAAGAGGAGAAGUUAAGGCUAGAAGAGGAGGCUAGAAAUGCUGCCCAGCGUGAGGCCGCCAGGCUGGCACGCGAGCGAAAGCUAAAGGAGCUUGCACAACGGAAAAAAAGCAAGGCAGCAGUCCAUCCAAGAAAGCAUGGCUCAGGUGAAGACUUUGAUGUCUACCUACAGAAUGUGAAAGUCAUGUCAGAAGCCUUCAGGAGCAGCAGGCUGUCCUCUGAGACUAAUGUGAUCACUCCCAACACGGAGAGCAGCUGGGACUUCAAGACCCGCUCCACCAACGAUGACGGAACCUCACUGGACCUGGAGUGGGAGGACGAGGAAGGGAUGAACCAGGUGGUCCCAGCGUGGGAGAGGUCUAAAACCGAGGAGGACAUACUCCGAGCGGCACUCCGGCCGGGCAGGAAGCAGACGACCAGCGGUACGGCCUCCGCCUCUGAGGACUCCAACGCCCUGGAGUGGGAGAACGACUUUGUGAGCGCUCACGGCGAGGAGAAUGCAGAGGACUCUGAAUACGAGUGCUUUGUCAACCCCGUCAUGGAUAUGCACACCCCAUCUGAGGAAACACCACCGGUAGAGAUAACUGCACCAGAGACUGAGAAGAGAUAGUCCCCAUUGCCUGGGGAACCAGAGUCAAAUCUUAAUGUUAUACCACAUUGUGAAUGUUUGAUUCUACACCUCAUCAACUUAAUGUGUUUGUUUGUCCCCAUUGGCUGGUGGACCAGUUUUUGAUUUGACAAUCUUCUCUUGUGUUAAUUAAGCCUUAGUUGGCAACGUUUUCAUGUCAUCCAGUGCAUCAUUGAAUCAAGUGCAAUUUCCAGAUCAAGUUUGGUGUGAUAGUGAUUGGGUUUUUAUUUGUGAGAGGGCUAUAGUGUUUUCACAGUUAAAAUGAACUGAAAACAACAUAGGGACACGUACAAUAAAAGCAACAACAACCUAUCAGUGCCUGAAUCACUAGGAAAUAAAACUUUCAUAAAUUGUUCAUAGGAUAGUUAGCUGACAAGGAUUUUGUCUGUUACCAAAUGAAUAUUUUAAUCAGUGGUUCUCCAAGGAUCAUAGCUUGCCAGUUCUCUGGUAUGAAACAUGUAGAGAACCUCUAAUGGAGUGGAGUAUAUCAUGUAGCAACUUGUCUGUACACUCAAUGUGUUUUUAAUUGGAAAAAUGCAAGUGCUAAGAUUUGCUAUUUUGUUUAUCCUCUCAGUUCCAAUUAACAAGUGACUCAUCAUGGACACAUAGUACUACAUUUUGUUAUUUGUUAGUUUGAAACAAAAUGUGUUUCAGUCAAAUGCUGCUCAAGUUAUGGACAGGUUUGUGUGCCCAACAUUUUUAUUUGUAUUAUGUACAGUGAAGGUUGGCUACAUCACAUUUGUAGAAUUCCUUACUCCCCUAUGUACACAUUUAUAUCUUACAGCGUCAGACUUUUCGUUUCUUUUUUAAAAAGUUUAGGAUUGAUUUGUCAUGGUGAGUAGCUCGUGAAUUGUUUAUUUUACGCUCAAGACCAGCUGAUUACAAGAGAACAUGGAUAAACGUACAUCUUGUCUCCAGUACUGCUCCUAACAAUGGCACUGCCAAUAGCGUACAACUUGGGCUCCAGCUCUUCAAUCUCGCCUUUAUUUCUGUUUUAGCACAAUCAUUGGACAUUUUUCAAGACCUUUUAAGAAUGUAACCCUGAUCACUGGAAUUGGACAUGGUUUUAUUUGAUUGAAAUGGUUGAUGUGAAUACAUGGCUAGGAAUAACGAAGAACUGUUUGGGGACUACAGUAUGCUCUAGGAGGUUUCUAUAGAUGCAUCAAUACGUGUAUAUAUAAUUUCUUUGUGUGCACUGGUAAAUUCGUUUUUGUCUUCCCUCACUGCAAAAGGAGACCCUCACUACACCCUUACUACACCCUUACAAUGUGGAGAUGAUGUGCCUACUUUGGAGGCUUUUGCUUUAUUGUACAGAAUACUGUCUCACCUUGAUUUUGCGAUUGUUGUGACGUUUGUGACAACAGCGAUUUCACCUGUAGUGCAUCCCUACUGUACCUGGGGAAUCCAAAGCGCCACCAUUUAGGUUGUUUCACCGUAUUGAGAGGGAAUUUAACUUUCCUUUGUUUGUACUGCCUAUAGCUUUACCAGCCUAGAAACGCAAGCCAUUUGAUUUUGCCAAUUAAAUCCAAUUAGGCUUCCCUGUGGCUCAGUUGGUAGAGCAUGGUGUUUGCAACGCCAGCAUGGUGUUUGCAACGCCAGGGUUGUGGGUUCGAUUCCCAUGGGGGGCCAGUACGAAAAAAAGAAAGAAAUGUAUGCAUUCAGUACUGUAAGUCGCUCUGGAUAAGAGCGUCUGCUAAAUGACUAAAAUGUAAAGUGUAAUCAUAAUUGGAGUGACAAAUUACCACAGCUGCACCAUUGGCCCAACUCCAAAUUGCACUUCCCUCUAUUUGUCUGGCAUCAAACUCAAUUCAUAAUAUUUUGUCCACAGAAAGUGUUCAGACUGUAAUAAUGGGAGGGAUUGUAUUGCAGUUUAUCUAUGCACUGUUUGACUUACGGGAACUGGUGGGUCCAAACAAUGGCUCGUUUGUAGUGUUUUCUAAGGAUACUGUCCUUUUUUUACCUAAGUUAGCAUGGCGUUAAGGGUUGGACACCGUACGUUACGGGUGCAAUCACAAGGAUUGAUUAAACUGCUGUGUGCUUCAUUCAUAUCAUUCCACUCUUUAGAAAUACAUUUGUUACGGAGAAUAAUGUAAAGGGAUUUCUGAAGUGAACCCGUUUUAUUUGGCUACUUUUAAUGGGUCAUAGCACAGAUUAUGAUAACUUACCCUUUUCAAUUAAUCUACUGAUAAAGGACCUGAAUCCUAAUUUGAGAUCCAAGCAUGUUUUACACAGAUUGCACACACAACUCUCAUUGAUAUCAAUGUCGGAUUUUUGUUUCAUUGUUCACAGGUUAGGAUUACACCCAUAGGCAUGAGCCUUUAAUUACUAUUGCAAACAGAAUGUAUCAACACCUGUGCCAUUCUGUUAAUAACAUGCCAUUUUUUUUUGUUAAACUAAAAUAAAUUUUUGACCAACUAAAAUAAGUCCUACUAACCUUAAUCUGUGAUAAUUUUAGGUAAUGUGGCAAAAUGCACAAUGCUGUAUAAACAGUGUAGUUUUAGUGUAUUGUAUAAUUGUUACUUUUAUUUACAUGCAAUGGAACAAUUUUUUUUUUAUGGGUGGUUAAAUCUCCAGCAGGUGGCAGUAUUGCUACAUGCAUUCUUUGAGAUUAAGUAUAUGUGUGUAUGUAUGUAUGUAUGUAUGUAUGUAUAUAUAUAUAUAUAGAUAGAUAUAUAUAUAUAGAUAGAUAGAUAGAUAUAGUAAGUAACCUGAAUUACAGUGCCUGAUUGAAAGAUGACUGUAGUCCAUGGAUCAACAACAUCCCAGUUACUCGCUCUACAAAAUGUCCCAAGUGGCUACAAGGAAGCUAUUACUUAUUACUGUUUGCCAACCAGAUACUGUACAUGUCAGACAAAAUACUGUACCCCAGCAAAUCUUGUAGCUGGAAGGAAUUUUGAGCACUAUCUUCCAGUCAGAACAUUAUGAAAUAAAAUGGUGUGUGUGUUUUACCCAGUGUGUUAAGGGAACACCUUGCCUAUGACAAAAUGUUGUUUCCUAACCUCCACCAUGGAAAUGUGAAGGUGAGCAAAAUCAAGACAAACGACAGACUAGAGACAAUCAAAGCCUUGCACCCGAAAACCUAGUUUCCCCCAAAGGAUUGUGGGAGCUGGCAGGAGAUAAAUGAAAGAAGAGAACAGCUCAGACAAUAAGAGCUUGGCUUUACUGAAUUACUUUGAAAGCUUCCUUUUCCUGGAUAACAAAAGUACUGUACUGUCACAGUAAAUGCUUUACCUUCUUGAACUGUUAAUGAUCAUUACUUUGAGAGAUUGUUCUUUAUUUCAAAUGUCAUCUAAAAAUAGCAAUACAGUUUCUAGUAGAACAUUUUCUUUAUGGCCAACAGCAGACGUGACUUAUUGUAAAGUCACGUAUUGAGUCCAUACAUCAACAGCAGUUUUUUUCUUACUCUUUCAAUGUUUUUGUGACCCUACAAGGUGUUUUUGUGUUUUUGUGACCCUACAAUAUGGGACAAAAAUGGCAUACAACUUUUUGAUUGUUACCCAUGUUACACUGUUUGGAGCCUUUUUUAAAUAAAUACAAAAGUUGAAGACUAUCA